AUGAAACGAUUAUCAAUUCAAUUGUAUCGUGCGUUUUCCACGACAGUAAAUAAACAAACUACUGUCGCAAAACCAGUUGACCCAUUAAAGAAUGUGAUUGGACUUACAAGCAAAUGUGUACAAAAUAAUGAUGCUAAAGCAGUGAAUGGAACUGGCAAGGAGUAUAAAGUACCAGAGUAUUUUGGAUUUAAUCGUAUGAGCUAUAGCGAAGCAGAAGUUGAAAUGGAAAAGUUUAGAAUCGCUCAACCAAUUGCUCCAAGAAAGUAA